AUGCCACCAAAACCAGUCACCUCCAACCUGUCAAGCCACCUGCAAACAGGAACCAGCAGCGCCCAGGGCCAGGACACCCACCAUGUCCUGACCCUAGACGAUGCCACCAAAACCAGUCACCUCCAACCUGUCAAGCCACCUGCAAACAGGAACCAGCAGCACCCAGGGAAGGACACCCACCAUGUCCUGACCCUAGACAAUACCACCAAACCCAGUCACCUCCAACCUGUCAAGCCACCUGCAAACAGGAACCAGCAGCGCCCAGGGCCAGGACACCCACCAUGUCCUGACCCUAGACAAUACCACCAAACCCAGUCACCUCCAACCAGUCCACCCACCUGCAAACAGGAACCAGCAGCACCCAGGGGAGGACACCCACCAUGUCCUGUCCCUAGACAAUGCCACCAAACCCAGUCACCUCCAGCCAGUCAAGCCACCUGCAAACGGGAACCAGCAGCAUCCAGGGGAGGACACCCACCAUGUCCUGUCCCUAGACAAUGCCACCAAACCCAGUCACCUCCAACCUGUCAAGCCACCUGCAAACAGGAACCAGUAACGCCCAGGGCCAGGACACCCACCAUGUCCUGA